AUGUCUACAGUGAUAAAGGGAACAAAUCCAUGGGCUCCACGGUGUGUCUAUUCCUCUAUCCUUAAUGGAGAUCUACUGGGAGGAAUGUUCAUUUAUGUUGUAGAGUCAGAAGUAAACCUUUUUGACAACUAUGAUACUCCAGAAAACAGUUACAAGACAGCGAUUCACAAAUUACAAAAUAAGAGAAAACUGCACAAAAAUCUCGUCAGCAUAGAAAACUUUGAACAUAAAUAUGAACAAUCAGAGAAGAGAGUGAUAAGUUUCAUCUUAUUUUGUAAAAUCAUCUUAAAGUUUGUCCCAAAAAUAAAGGACCGUCUUAAUCUUACACAGCACGUCUUUCUCUAUUUGACUGAUGCAAUAAGAUUGGAGAAAGUGGUUGAGUUUUUGAGUGAAAUCCAAAUCAUAGAGAGAGGACAGAGACAAGUUAGAAAGGAAGAUCUGCUGGAAUUGAUGUCUUCACCUGUGUUACAAAGAAAAAUUGAACUGAAAACUAAGGGUACGGUAAUACACAUUUCUUGUCUUAACUCUGACCGGUUCUGGAUCAGUAAUAUGCUCAACAACUAUAAUACUGAUAUGAUAUUGACAAACACAGAAGGGGAGGCUCUACAUCGUCUGAUAUGCAAAAUUUCCACAGAUAGGUGGAAUUCUAUGGAUGGAGCACACACAGUGAACAAUAAAGGUGAAUUAAUUCAUAUAGACAAUAGCAAAAACAUUUACAGACUUUCAACAGAUAACAAAACAAGAUCCCUAUUGAUAAUAGGAACAGAUUUCAGGGAAUGGGAGCCACGGUGUGUUUAUUAUUCCGCCUUCAAAGGGGAACUACUGGUCGGCCUGUUAAAUGCUGAAAAGGCAGGCAAGGUAAACCGUUACAGUAGCACAAACCAACACAUACAGACAAUACAACACGACUACACAGGUCAGGGACUAUAUAGUAAUCCUCAUUACAUCACAGAGAACCGCAAUGGAAAUGUUAUUGUGUCUGAUAGUUUUCGUGGUGUAGUGGUGACAGAUCGUAAAGGAAGACAUCGCUUCACCUACACAGGACCACCAUCAGGGUCACGCCUGUAA